AAUCCCCUCCCCUGGCCGUGAUUGGCUGGCCCGGGCCGGGGGCGGGCUGACCUCCGCUCCGCAGCGGCCUCACCCUCAGGCCCCGCCCCCGCGAUGGGCGGCCACUUGUAUGAAGCCUCCGGAUUGGUUGUCCGGCUCCCGCGAGGGGGAGGGGAGAGAGGCCGCGCGCACUCGCGCGUGCGUGAGCUGGCGCGCGAGGAAAGGCCCGGUCGCGCCGAGGCUCGAGCGGCGGUCGCCAUUUUGUCGGGUUCUCUCUGACGCGGGAGCCGCCGCCACCGCCGCCGCCACCCGGAGGCUCUUGUCAGGAUGGUGAAGCUGUUCAUCGGAAACCUGCCCCGGGAGGCCACAGAGCAGGAGAUCCGCUCACUCUUCGAGCAGUAUGGGAAGGUGCUGGAAUGUGACAUCAUUAAGAAUUACGGCUUUGUGCACAUAGAGGACAAGACGGCGGCCGAGGAUGCCAUCCGCAACCUGCACCACUACAAGCUUCAUGGGGUGAACAUCAAUGUGGAAGCCAGCAAGAAUAAGAGCAAAGCUUCAACCAAGUUACACGUGGGCAACAUCAGCCCCACUUGUACCAACCAAGAGCUUCGGGCCAAGUUUGAGGAGUAUGGUCCAGUCAUCGAGUGUGACAUCGUGAAAGAUUAUGCUUUUGUCCACAUGGAGCGGGCCGAGGAUGCUGUGGAGGCCAUCAGGGGCCUGGACAACACAGAGUUUCAAGGCAAAAGAAUGCACGUGCAGUUGUCCACCAGCCGGCUUCGGACUGCUCCUGGGAUGGGAGACCAGAGCGGCUGCUAUCGGUGCGGGAAAGAGGGGCACUGGUCCAAAGAGUGCCCGGUGGACCGCACGGGGCGCGUGGCGGACUUUACCGAGCAGUACAACGAACAGUACGGCGCGGUGCGCACGCCCUACACCAUGGGCUAUGGGGAGUCUGUGUACUACAACGACGCCUAUGGCGCCCUCGACUACUACAAGCGCUACCGCGUGCGCUCCUACGAGGCCGUGGCGGCCGCGGCGGCCGCCUCCGCGUACAACUACGCCGAGCAGUCCAUGUCCCACCUGCCUCAAGUCCAGAGCUCGGCCGUGGCCAACCACCUCAACUCCACCUCCGUGGAUCCCUACGACAGACACCUAUUGCAGAACUCGGGGGCGGCCGCCACCUCCGCCAUGGCCUCCUCCUCGUCGUACUACGGAAGGGACAGGAGCCCGCUGCGCCGCUCCGCAGCCGCGCUCCCCGCAGUUGGAGAGGGCUACGGGUAUGGGCCAGAGAGCGAGCUGUCUCAGGCCUCAGCAGCUGCACGGAAUUCUCUGUAUGACAUGGCCCGGUAUGAGCGAGAGCAGUAUGUGGACCGAACACGGUACUCAGCCUUUUAAAAACUGGAGGUGAGAGUGGCACGGUGGGGGUAGUUAAGAUUCCACGUAGGUCCAUCCCUUGCAAGAGAACUUCUCUUCAUGCAGAAGGCUUAAGCCACUUGUUUGCUGUCACUGUACUCAAAAGUUAGGUUUCUGUAUUUUUGCAGCUUAGGCCUGUUCCGCGGGUUCAUUUGGCCUUGUUGGGGUUCUACUAUGUUGACUCCAAGCCCAGCUUGUUAGUGUGAACAUUCUUUAAUCAGUUGUUUAGGCAGACUUGGACCACAGGAAUGCAUUUGAGGAAACUAAUAGUUGCCAGGUACCUUCAGUGUAGGCUGUCAUCCAGACAAUGAGGUUUCUGUUAUACAGAAAAGACUAAGGCUCAGAGACAUACUUUCAGUACUUUGCUCUAAGUCAUUGGGUAAAUGAGAGGUACAGCCAAAGUUCAAACUCAAGCCUACCUGACUAAAACCCAUGUUCUUCCCACUGUGAAAGUCAUCCUGGUCUUAAGCUGAAAGGGCUACAGGUUCAGAAACUGGUAUCACAGGGAGAAUUUUAACUGUAAAUUUAGGCUUCCAGUUUGAAACUGUUUCUUGGGUCAUUAAGACUUUAUUGAAGUAUCCUAUCUGCAAGCCAGAUCAAGUCCUAUCAAUGUUUCAUUCUGUGAUGCUAGAGGGGGACAAAGGUUCUGAUGCUCUGUCCUGUGCCGUCCUUUUCCUUGCUCAGAUCCAGAACAUCCAUAAGACCUCUCUCUGAAACCUGUGCAUCCCAUUUCCUUCUGCAGUUUUUUUGUUUUUGAAGAGAACACUUAAGGAAUUCCCUGACAUGCAAAAAAAUCCCACAGGUGCUAACUAGAAAUUUAGUGUUUCCUUUGAAGUGUGUAUCAAAGCUAUUCGAAUGGAAAGGAUAAUUAGGAGUGUCUAGAUAGGCAAAAUCAUCAAAAUGGAAGUGGCAUCAUGACAACUUUAGAUACUCAUGGUUUUCUUUGUACUUUGAAAUCAAGCAUCCCUUAGAGACCACUAAGUUCCCAGAUUCCUACCUUACCUUCUCCCCCAGCUUGGUGUAUGUGUACAAGAAAACAGUUAUAAUUUGCUCUUUGUAAAGUGAGAGGCAAAUGUGACCAGAACUUUGAUAAAUUAUAUGUCCUACAUGACUGUGUUAGUAAUAGUAAGACUUGGGAAUUUCCUGAGACCAUGCGCAGCACUGUGUCCGUCUUAGAACCUGUGGAGUUUGCUGUUAGUUUUCACAGCUGGAUCUACCAUGAGAUGAGAACCUAUGAAGUAAGUUGCUAUUCAACUUGUCAUAUAACUUAUUUCUCUCAAUAUGUUUAAAAAGUUAAGUAUGUUGUAGUUUUUAGUGAGUAUUGUUAGGGCAUUUUAAAAUUGAAUUUUAACUUCAAGCAGUGGCUGUUCAACUAACCUCUUUUUAGUGAUGACUUUCAAAGAAACUUACCUUCCAGGUGUGAACCUCAGAUGGACUGAAUAACCCUGAGUUGGUUGUAGUCCCAGGAGCCUGAUGUUAAUGAGGCUACCAGGAUGAAAUACUCCAGAACUGUUGGGGAUCCAAAUUUGGGUCUCACCCUAGCAGAACUGACCCAAGAACAUCACAACUUUUGAAGUGGAUUGGCAAAGAUCAAGACCAAGAUUUGGCUCUUUGUCUGUAAUAAGUAGAGGAACUUGGUGUGAGUUAACUUUUAUUUUUUUUUCUCCCUCCCAGCCAUUGGUGAAUGGAGUUCCCGUCAUCAAUGGAAGAAUUAGAAAAACCUAGCAGUCAUUUCUUCUUUUGAUUUGGUCAAUUAGGGGAACUACUGGCACUAUGGAUCUACCUCUCAUACUGUGGUGUGUAGUUGUGUGUGUUGUAGAUGGACAAACGGUGAACCACUUGUUGAGAACCUACCCUUUGUGACUAUCAUUUUGGAACAUUUAUGUGGAAGAUUAAAAUGAAACAUUUAGAAUAGUGCAACUAAGCUAGGCCCACUGGUAUGUAGGUAUAGUCAAAACGACUUGGGGGGCAGCUUGAGCCAAGAGUUCACAGCCAACUUGGGCAGCACCGUGAGGCCCUGUUCCAUUUGUAAAAAGAGCAGGCUGAAUUAAAAACAGACCUUUGGCUGGAGGUGAGGCUCAAGCAGAAAAACACCUGCCUAGCAAGCACAAGGCCCUCAGUUAAAACUCCAACAAAAAAGGGUGCAGUUGACUCUAUUUGAGAUCUCAGCAUCUUCUGCUUUUCCUGAAUUCCCAAAUUAGUUUGAAAUUCUUGGACUGUAUACCUUUUGUUGAAACCUGUAACAGGUUAUCCUGCUUAAAACCGGGUAAGAAAAUGAGAAAAUGGAACUUAACACCAACACAGCAGUCUUCCAGUUAGAUUGCAUUUUAUACUAUAUAUAGUGAUAUAAGUGGUUCUUAUAGGUAGCUGGUAGAGUCCUGGGUUAAUUUUGUGGGAUAUGUUUGAUCCGGUCUGACUUGGUUUUGUUUUGUUCUUUGUUUUUCCCCCCCGCUGGAAUACAGGACGUGACCAGGGCCCUUGUACUCGGAGCCAGGCUGCUGUCCAGGCAUUGUGUAAGCCUCUUGUGUUGUGCUCUCUUUCAGGUAGGAUAAUUGCGGACUGAACCCUCGGGCUGCGGUCAUAUAUGAGAACUUGCUCCGCGCGGUCCCCUUUGCCGGGAUGUUUCCAUUGCUUCAUGUUUCAGUAAACAAAGGAGUUUGUGACCAACUAUGUUUUCUUUCUUAAUUUAAUUCUUCUAAGUUGACUUUUUUUUUCCUCCUGAUGCUAGUUAUCUGUAGCUUUUCACUGUUCCUUAUAUCCUCAGCCUCUGAACAGCCCUAGGUAAGGAUUAUGCUGACAUCCCCUUCCUCCACACAGUGGAGCCCUCUGAUCGCGCUUUCCCUAGGAGUUGAGCCCUUCUCCCCGCCUGCCUGCAUCUCCUCCUCUCCCUUUGAAAUGACCAUGUAGUGGCAAGCAGCCUUUGCUCUUCUCUGUUAGUUCUGGACUCUAACACUGAAGCUAAUCUUUGAAAUUGCUAGGACCAUUGGGGGUUUUGUUGUUGUUUUGUUUGUUUUGUUUUUUGUCUUACCUGUGAUCGUGAUACAGCAUUAGCUGAAAUUUAGCCUUGUUUUACUCCACUUCUCCCGUUUUUUUAUUUUUUGACAAAUAAACGUUUCUAACACUUAA